AAAUAAUCCGACUACAUAUUUACUCCGUACACAGGAUCUUCAAACUCCGCUGCCAUCGCCGACGCUUCCACUAAGCCAAAAAACUACCUCCGCUCAGUAAAUUACACAGGAUAUCUCCCCCGCAAUACAUCCACACACAAUGGCGGACGCCGACGAAGACGCCCUCAUCCAACCCCCCUCCUCCUACGACCAAUCCACCCACAUAGACCAAGACCUAUCCGACGAAACACAAGACUUCCGCUUCCUAAACUCUCUCUCCUUCCUCCCCGACCCAAACCAACCAGCCUCCCUCCCGCGCCGGGGUGAAAAGGACUUCGAGCCCAACCCAACACUACGCCAGGCUGAUGUCCUCGCCGCGUCGCGCGAUGCCAUGCACAAUGCGCUCGCGUAUCCAAGACUACAUAACCCGAAAACGCGCGUUGUCGGCAUUUACUGUCCGACAGGCCUGUUGAAGCCGGCGCAUGCUGGCGGGUCCAGCAGUGCGCAGCAAGUAGUAGCAAAGGAGCAAAAGGAGGAAAAGGAGCAGGUAGAGGAGCGUGAGCCGGAACAUCAAGAUGAGGAGCAGAUAGCGGCUCCAAAAAAGAAACCCGCUCCACCUCAUGGAAUUGGAAGGGGUACCUGUGUCUGUGUCCCUAGUCCGCGGGGCCAGCACUUUAGAACGGUCGGCCGAUCCGACCACUGGAAUCGCGUGUGGCUGUUGCCUGAAGAAGCGCUGUAUUUGCUGGAGAGAGGGAGUUUGGAUAUCAGGUGGCCUGCGUCAGCGGGAGGAUAUGCAGCCGGAAGCGCGGAGAUAGAAGGGAGGCAAGAAGAGAAUGUUGAGGACGUGGACGGGGGAGUCCCGAUGAGUUUACAAGCGGCGUAUGCAUGCUUUCUCGGACGUGGAGGGUUAACAUUGGAGCGGUAUAUUGUCUAUGCGGGCCUGAGGAGGGGUGGGUAUACUGUGAUUCGUGCACCAAGUUGGGAUGACGGGAAAGGGGAUGGGGAUGGGGAUGGGGAUGGGGAUGGGGAUGGGGACGGGGACGGGGACAACGACCGAGGGACAGCCGGGCAGGUUCCCAUCGCCGCUGCUGCUUCUACGACGAAUGAAGCUGGGAUACAUGCACAUACGGAGCAGCGGCGUGGGAGGUUAAUUAGCGUGCUAACCCGAUUUUUUAACUCGAUAUUUGAACCUGGACCUACACGCCGCUUAACACACGGCCCAGUCAUCGGUCUAGGGAUACACCGUAACUAUCACGACAUCUACCGCGCCCUCUCCAUAAUCCCUACCCACAACCCAACACACCCGGAACCCACUCCGCCCAAACACACAAACCUCCCUUACCGCCUCGCCUUCAACGUCUACAAACCCUCCACCCCCUUCCGCAAAUCCUCCCCAGGCAACCCCGACUUCCGCCUCGCCGUCAUCGACUCCCGCCGCCACCCCACCCUUCCCACGCUCCACGAGUUAUCAGCGCUGUUGGAAAGCACGCCGCUGGAUCCGCCGCGCGGGGAGAAAAUGGAGCGCCUGAUGUAUAUGCGGCUGCGCCAUGGGUGGCGGAAUGUGAUUUUGGCGGUGGUCGAUCAGGGGGUUGUGAGUUUUCUGAGGGUGGCGGAUGCUGGGUUUAUUGGGGUGAGGGUUUACGAGGGGAAGAGUGGGACCAGUGGGAAUAAAGGGGGGAGAAGGGGAGGGGGAAACGGUCGUGGUGGCGGCAAUGGACGUGGGCGUGGGAGAUAGGAUGGUUGUUUUCUUUUCUUUUUCUUUUUUUUUUUUUUUUUUUUUCUUUUUUCCCAAAAUUAUGAUACAGGUCAGUGAGAAGCCAGAAACUCUGUAAGAUAUGUUGAAAUUUCUUUGUUGAUAUAGCAAGUUUGUAACAUAGAUAAAAGUUAUGUACGGACCUGAGAACAAAACAGCUCAUGGAAAUGAAAAUGAUAAUGUAUGAUCAACAAAUAUCACCCAGCAACUUGUCAGUCUCUUGCUGAGCAAUAUUCAGUGCAAGGGCCUGGGUGAGGCAAAAGUUUUCAUGCUUCCGCCCCUGGCAGAUAAAGACACGAAAUCGACUGGAGAUCAACCACCUCAAUCUUCCCAUUUGCAAUAUUAGACGUUUCAAUCUAUGGGCGCACAAACAACGCUGACGUAGAGCCAGAGGAGAGACGUCAGUAGUUGUAUGUGCAGUUUUUGCCAGAGGGAACGUGAUGCGUUGAU